AUGGAAGGUUUGGGAAGACUCCGUGAAGUGACGUCACCAGUGUGUAGUGACGUCACUAGUCAGGAUGCAAUCACAUGUUGCUGUGUAGCCGGUGACCGGUGGCCGGUGGCCGGUGGCUCGUGGCCCAACACUAAGGUAGUGUGUAGCGUCGCCCGCGCACCAUACCUCCGCCGCGAGUCGAGCAGCGCGCACGCUUCCGCCGCGCACACGACGAAUACAUUGUGA